AUCUAUAUUGUGUGUAUUUAUAAUUUCCCCAUACGAACCCAAUAAUGCAAAGAAGGAAGAUCAUUUGAUUAUUUCAAGUGGAGUGGUUCUCAUAAAAAAUAAAAUAAAAUCAAGUAAAGUGGUCAGAUAUAUAGACAUAUAGUUUGUCUUCACGUUAAUCGGAUCGAAGUAAUCUAUUUACGUCGUCGAGUUGCAAGUGCAGCUAGAACCAUGCAUACUGACACACAUGGGAUUGGUCCAGGCGACUUUUGGUUUUCUUAAAAAUGGAAACUAUUCUUACCAUACACUAUGAGAAGGUACGGGAUAUAUAAACCAGAGAUCAGAGGUGGGAAGAGAUUUGUAUGAGAAUUGAUGGAUAUUAAAAGGGAGUACGUUCGGUGUACAAUUUUGUAUACUAUAAAAAGGGAUAGGAAAGGAGGAGAGAAAAAUACCAGGUAGGUACAGUAGUAUUGUUGAAAAUUGUCGAAUAUAUACACAUGGGAAACGCUCCUGGCAGCUUUCGUCUUCUGGGAAAUGGAACCAGUUCUUACCAUUUUCAACUGGGCCAAUUGGCCUCCAUUAGCAUGAAAAAAGGAGAGGAAAAGUGGGAAGAUAAUGGGAAAAGGAGCCAGAAAUGGGAAGUCUCAUACAACGUAGAAGGAUUAACUUGUACACUCUCCAUAACCAAAAGCACCGGAAUAAAUUCAGACGAGGAGUUACGGAUCGACAUCGAAGAUAAUACAUGUCGAGAAAAAAUCAAUCGCCAUGCAAUAAAACAAUAUUCAAGUGGCUUUACCCAAAUUGUGGGAAGAGCUGAAGCCGGUCUUCUUGUAGGAAAUAUGAUUUGUUUCCAUGCAAAUUCAACAAAAGACGUCAGAGGAUGGGAGGAAGCGGCUUCGUCAACGUAUGUUCCCUACACAAGAGCUUCGUCAACGUAUGUUCCCUACACAAGAGCUUCGUCAACGUAUGUUCCCUACACAAGAAAUACAACUAAUUCAUCGGGCGGUGUGACUUCGACGACCAUUUGUCCGUAUAGGUCGUCUGGAACUAGGAAGGGUCUUUAUGUUACCGAGUGGAAGAAGAAGAAAGAGAAUGAGAAGCCUUACAUGGUAACCAUAGCACAUUAUUAUGCUAAUAACGGGGAAAAUUUAUUUACUAGAGGAAUCGAUGUUGGUCUUUCUAUGAUGGUAAAGAUUCGAGUGUCAAAUGGUGCAUUAUUUGGCAUUGACGAGUUUGAUUUUACCGUAGAUGGCCCUGUCCAACACCCUUCAUCGGCAUUACUUUACAUGAUUGAAGAAGUCACCAGAACCGGGAUGUGGACACCUAGGGCAUGCCCUCACUGUGCCAAUAUCCAAAGACAGCGUAGAUGGCAGUCUGAGAGCGACGACAGUGACAACCUUCCUGUAGCACCAGGUCAUGGUCAUGGCAACUCGCAAAACGCAAGAAAUCAUGGAGUAUUCAACGGGGAUGGUAACGGUAGUAACUAUGAGAGAAAUAUCAUGCUUUUUAUAAACAAGUUCUGUACUUGAUAUUAAGCCCCUACAAUGCGGAGGCUAUAAUAACAUUAAGGAAUAAAAUCAUUCAAUCAAAA